AUGGAGGACAACAGCACCCGAGAUUUGAUCAAGCAACUGCAAGCACAGAUCGAAGGCAGACACAAACCAUACGAGGACAACCAUCUCCGCAAUUUUAUAGAUGCCAUGGCGUUCUACACGGAUAAUGAUCUCGUUAUUUGUAGAGCUUUUUCGUUGUCCCUGAAAGAUAAGGCACUCGAGUGGUAUCACACUCUUCCUCAAAAUUCAGUGGAUUGCUUCGCCACCGUAGAAGCUCUCUAUCGAAAACAGUAUGCUACCAACAGAAGACCGGAGAUGACUCCUACUGAGCUCGUAAACACCAAACAGGAGAAAGAUGAAACCCUGAAGGCUUUCAUGCAAAGAUACAACGAGACGUCCAGACGGGUAAAAGACGUGAAUCACACAUUUAUAAUCAGCAAUCUACCCUCGUGUUUAAGGCCAAGAUAUUUCGCGAAACGACUGUAUGCCGAUCCUCCGAAGUCUAUGGAAGAACUCCAGGCAACGAUCGCGAAAUUCAUUCGCAUUGAGGACCUCAGAAACUCCAUGAAAAAGCAACAGCAUGAAAGUCCUAACAGUGGUACCAAGAAAGACAUGAAACGGUCAUCCAACGUCUAUAAAACUGAUCGACCUCCUCGAAAAGAGUCGGGGUGGACACCCAAAUACGAUCGUUAUACAUCCCUCAACGCACCCAGGGCAAAGGUGCUCGAAGAGGCGCUGCACGCAGAACUCCUCACCGUUCGGCGGAGGGCAACUCCAAAGAAUGUUGAUGGCAGUAAGGCGUGUCGUCUUCAUCUGAACCAUGGUCAUGAUACCGAAGAAUGUAACAUAGUGAAAGAUGAGUAA